AUAUAUGCUUUCCUUCCACCAUAUCAUCUUUUUUAUAUGAUUUUAUUUGUAUAUAUAUACUUUUUUUUCAUAUUUGUCAUCUAUAAAUCAAUCUGUUCAUCAUUUUUCCCCCUUGAGAGGUUGGAGAAAGGAUGGGGUCUUCAUCUUGUCUUGAUGGAGGGCAGCUGCAUGUGCUCGCGGUGGAUGAUAAUGUCAUUGAGAGGAAGUUCAUCGAGGCAUUGCUUAAAAAUUCUUCAUACAAAGUAACCACAGCAGAGAAUGGGCGAAGCGCAUUGGAAUACUUGGGCUUAUUAGGAGAGACAAAACCUAGCCCAAUGAGAACCAAUGAUGCAAAGGUAAAUCUGAUAAUUACAGACUAUAGCAUGCCUGGGAUGACAGGCUACGAGCUUAUGAAAAAAGUUAAGGAAUCAUCAAAUUUCAAAGAGAUUCCAUUUGUCAUUAUGUCAUCAGAGAAUAUUCCUACUCGCAUAGAGAAGUGCUUAGAAGAUGGAGCCCAAGAGUUUAUGUUGAAGCCCCUUCAGCAGUCUGAUGUCAAGAAGUUAAAAUACCAUAUGCAGAAAAUUGACAGCCACUUACAUGGAAGGCUUUGCCUUGGGUUAUAGGUUUUGGAGAAAUAAUGCAAUUGUGGAAAUGAACAAAAUCUCUCAAUUUUUUUCCAGUCACAUAACGGAAGGAUUUCCAGUUAAAUAAUCGUGAUAAUUUAUUUGGACCAGAUCGUUAUAUUUGACGUUCAUUUCAAAUGAUUUAUGUUUUGGAGGUGAACAAUCAAUCGAUAACUCAGC